AUGGUCAAGGAUACUAAAUAUUAUGACAUCUUGGGUGUCGAAGUUACAGCGACUGAUCAGGAGCUUAAGAAAGCCUAUAGAAAACAGGCAAUUAAACUUCAUCCCGAUAAGAAUGGCAAUGACCCUAAGGCUUCGGAGAAAUUUCAAGAACUAGGUGAAGCUUAUGGAGUAUUGCUGAACAAGGAUGCAAGACAGCUUUAUGAUGAGUUGGGAGCUGAAGGAAUGAAGAAUGAUCAAGUUGCCCAAGCUGCCGAAGUCGAUCCUGCUGAAUUAUUUGCCAUGAUAUUCGGUGGAGAUAGUUUCAAGGAUUGGUUUGGAGAGCUUAGUAUGAUGAAAGAUAUGUCCAAGACUGCUGAAAUAUUGGAAGAGGAUGAUGAAAGUGAAACUAGUCAUCUCUCUUCUCAAAAUGCUAGCACGCUCAACGGUAAGGUUGGAGAAUUAUCUUUGACUGAGAGAAGAGAAGGCGCUGACCAACAACAUGUUGGAGUAACUAAUGAAGGGGACAAUAACUUAAGUUCGGAAGCGAUUAAAAAGAAAUCCAAGCAAAAGAUCACCAAGAAACAAAGAGAAGAGAUGCUUAGACUUCAUGAAGAAGCCCAGAAAGAAAAGGCUGAAAGAGUGAAGACAUUGAGUGAGAAUUUGUUACUAAGAAUUGAGAAAUACAAAUCAGUCAAAGCAGAUAACUUUGCUCUCACUCAGUUCAAGGCCAAGCUUGAUCAAGAAUUAGAAGAUAUGAAAAUUGAAAGCUUUGGAAUUCAAUUAUUGCAUUUAAUUGGAAAAAUUUACAUUAAUCAAGCCAAUGCAACUACGCACGCAUGUAAGACAUUCGGAGUUUCUAAGAUCUACACAACUGUAAAAUCAAAAACAAAUAGCUUCAAGAAUGGUUUUGAAAUCUUGAAGACUGCAGUUGAUGCACAGACCUCUGUUAUGGAAAUGGUAAAGGAGCAAGAGGCGCUCCAGCAUCAGCAGGAAGCAGGUACUGAAUUAACGUUAGAACAGCAGUACCGCCAAAAGGAAAUUGAGAGGUUUAUUACUGGUAAGCUUGUAGCAACUGGCUGGGCCUCAACUAAAUACGAAGUCACUGGGAUAUUGAAUAAAGUUCUUCAUAGGGUGUUGAAUGAUAAAUCGCUUUCUAAGAAGGAACGUAUUGCAAGAGCAGAUGCGGUUUCGUUCAUAGGAAAGGAAAUGCUUAAUGUUAAGAGGUCUCCAGAAGAGGAUGAAGAUGCCAGAAUCUUUGAAGAAAUGAUGGCCGAUGCAUCUGCCAAAAAGUCUAAGGAUAAGAGAACAGCUGUAAGAAAUGAAGACAUCGAAGAGUACAUGCGCAAAUGUGCCGAGGAAGAUGAAACUUAG